AGUCAGAUUUGAGAGAAGAUUAGAAGUAGUGGACACACCUGGCAUUUUUGACACCUCAUUUAAUGAUGCAACUGUGUAUCAACAAAUAGCACAAUGUAUUGGGAUGACAUUGCCGGGCUUCAAUGCUAUCUGCUUAGUAAUGCGUCCAGAUCGGUUUUCCAAGGAAAUGGUUGAAACUGCUGAAUUGUUCUUUAAAUUUUUUGGUAAAGGUGUUGAUGCAUAUGCAUUCCUCAUUCUUACUUACACGGAAACAGAAGAGGACAUGAUGAACUACAUACAUGGAGGGGAAACAAAUCCUGAUGAUGAAGGAGAAAAAGCUUUCAAAGUGCUAAGAAAAAGAUGUCAAGACAAAAUACUAUUCAUUGAUAACAAAGCAUCUAAAGAUGACAAGGAACAAAUGGUUUUGAAUAUUUUAACAGCAAUAGAUACAGCCAAUGGCAAGUCAUCAAGACCAUACUUUCAAAACAGACUGACAAGAGAGAUAGACAAAAGAGCAACAGACUUUUAUCUGACCCAUGUCCGUGGUUUGGGAUCAACAAGGUCCACAGAAGAUCUAAGAAUCCUCCUCAUUGGACUUACUGGCCAUGGAAAAAGUGCAACUGGGAACUCUCUUCUGGGUAAAAGCUUGUUUACUGAACAUGCUUCAACAGUGGGGAAUGCAUGCCAAGACACACAGAGUGGGGAAAACAAUGGUCGUAAAAUAAAGAUUGUGGAAUUCCCAGUGAAGAAUCCCUCUAGCCAAAGUCACGAAGAUUUAAAGAAGCAACUCUUAGAAACAGAGAAAAACUUGCAUCCAGGAUUUCAUGCUGUUUGUUUUGUAAUAGAUCCAAAUAAGAUCUCUGAAGUAAAAGACCAAUUCCAACGCUUCAUAGAAUACUUUGGAGAUGAUGCUAAUGAUUACGCUUUUGUUAUCAUGACAUUUACUAAAAAUGAAGAUGAACUUGAAAAGAACUUUCCUGAUGAUAUAAAGGUCAAGCAUCCAGAAGUUCAACCGGUAUUCAGGUUUUGUAAAGAUAAAGAGUUGUACAUAGACAAUAAGGUCUCACAAACAGAAAAGGAAGAAAUGAUUAAAGAUAUGCUAAUUUUUUUUGAUAUUGAAAAUGUGAAAAAGAUUAUACCAUGCUUUAGCUCACGUUUUAAACAAAAAGCUGAAGCUGAUGAAGCUGCUGAAGCUAUUAGAUGUAACGAAGCUGCUAAAGCUGCUGAAGUUGCUAGAAUUGUUGAAGUUAAUAGAGCUGCUAAAGCUGCUGCAGACCAAAGACUUGCUGAAGCUGUUAAACAGGCUAGAGAAGCUGAAACUGCUAAAUUUAUCAAAGCUGCUGCAGAUGCCAAAGCUGCAGUUGAAAUAGCUGAAACUCAUAGAGUAGCUGAAGUUGCCAAAGCUGCUGCAGCUGCUGCAGCUGCUACAAUUGCUGAAGAAGCUAGAGCUGCUGAAGCUGCUAGAGCUGCUACAGCCAUUCAAGAUGCUGCAGACGCUGUUAAAAUUGCUGAAGAUGCUAGAGCUGCUGAAGCUGAAAGAGCUGAUAAAGCCAUUCAAGAUGCUGCUAAAGCUGCUGAAGAUGCCAGAGCUGCUGAGGCUGCACUGCAAGAGAGACUAAGACAAACAGAGGCUGCUUAUGCAGCAUAUCAAAAGAAAAUUGAAGAAAAAUCUUGCUCAAUUAUGUAA